UACCGCUCUCCUCGCCCCGCCCCGCGCGAAAUCGGAAGAAGCCGACGGUGGCUGGCGAGGCCCAAUCCACCUUUGCCUUCAGUCUGUUUCUUUUCCCCGCCCCCUCAGCGGAAGUCGAGCGCCAAACUCAAACUGAGCGGGGCCAGGACGCUCGCCGCUCGCACCAGUGCCGCGGUGCCGGCCUGUUGGGCGUUGUGCACAGCGGCGCGGCAGCGGUCCAGCAUGAGCCAGGUUCUGUUCCAGCAGCUCGUCCCGCUGCAGGUCAAGUGCAGAGACUGCGAGGAGAGGAGAGUGAGCGUUAGAGUGAGCAUCGAGCUGCAGUCCGUGUCUAACCCAGUGCACAGAAAGGAUUUAGUUAUUCGUCUGACUGAUGAUACUGAUCCAUUUUUCCUGUAUAACCUUGUUAUAUCUGAGGAAGAUUUUCAGAGUUUAAAAUUCCAGCAAGGUCUUUUGGUAGACUUCCUAGCUUUCCCGCAGAAAUUCAUAGACCUCCUCCAGCAGUGCACGCAGGAGCAGGCCAAAGAGACCCCGAGGUUCCUGCUGCAGUUAGUUUCUGCAGCCGCUGCUCUGGAUAAUUCUCCUGCCCUUUUAAACGUGGUGGAGACGAACCCUUUUAAGCAUCUUACGCACCUCUCACUAAAACUGUUACCUGGGAAUGAUGUGGAAAUAAAGAAGUUUUUAGCAGGCUGUUUGAAAUGUAGCAAGGAAGAAAAAUUAUCAUUGACGCAGUCACUAGAGGACGUUACUAGGCAACUGAAUUUCACACAAAAGACGUUGUCAGAGAAGAUCCAAGAACUAGAUAAGCUGCGGAACGAAUGGGCCGCCCACACGGCGGCGCUGUCGAGUAAGCACUCUCAGGAGCUGACCAGCGAGAAGGAGAAGGCCCUGCAGGCGCAGGUUCUGCACCAGCAGCAGCACGAGCAGCAGAAGAAGGACCUCGAGGCGCUCCACCAGCGCGGCGUCCAGCAGCUGCAGAGCAGGCUGUCGGAGCUGGAGGCAGCCAACAAGGACCUCACUGAGAGGCGGUACAAAGGGGACUCCGCCGUCCGAGAGCUGAAAGCAAAGCUCUCUGGAGUCGAAGAGGAGCUCCAGCGGGCGAAGCAGGAGGUGCUGUCGCUGCGGAGGGAGAACACGGCCCUGGAUGCCGAGUGCCACGAGAAGGAAAAGCACGUCAAUCAGCUGCAGACGAAAGUGGCUGUCCUAGAGCAGGAAAUCAAGGAUAAGGACCAGCUUGUUCUCAGAACAAAAGAAGCAUUUGAUACAAUCCAGGAACAAAAGGUGGUUUUAGAAGAAAAUGGUGAGAAAAAUCAGGUACAACUAGGAAAACUUGAAGCUACCAUAAAAUCAUUAUCAGCGGAACUUCUUAAGGCAAAUGAAAUUAUCAAGAAGUUACAAGGGGAUCUGAAAACUUUAAUGGGUAAAUUGAAACUGAAGAAUACAGUUACCAUUCAGCAGGAGAAACUCUUGGCUGAAAAGGAAGAAAAAUUACAAAAGGAACAAAAGGAGUUACAAGAUGUUGGACAGUCUCUCCGGAAUAAAGAGCAGGAGGUAUGCAAAUUACAAGAACAAUUAGAAGCUACAGUUCAAAAACUUGAAGAAAGCAAACAGCUUCUAAAAAAUAAUGAAAAGUUAAUAACAUGGUUAAAUAAGGAACUAACUGAAAACCAGCUGGUGAGGAGGCAGGACGUGCUGGGGCCCUCUGCCACCCCGCCUGUGCGAGCUAGCGGCGGCCCGGUCAGAAGCGGACUCUCUCCCAGCCCUAACCCGGUCGAUGGCAGAGUGGCGUACCCAGCCUGCGGGGUUGGCUGUCCUGGCUCCUCUGCGUUUGCCUUCCAGAACACCUUCUGGCACCCCGCAGCUGCCAAAAGCUCCAUCCACCCGGUUUCGGGACCAAAGGUCCAGUUUAACCUGCACUUCCCCAAACCCAGCGGGUCCCCGGGGGAUGCGCCGGCCGGAGCCACUGGGAGCGCGGCCUGCUCGGCUGACAAGGAGAAUGGUGAAAAUUUAGGGCUAGAGCCCAAAUACCUGAAGAAAAGGGAAGACAGCAUUCCUUUGCGUGGCCUCAGCCAGAACCUCUUCGGCGACCCAGACCACCAGAGGGACGGCGCGCUGGGGGCCCUGCAGCCCCGCCCCAAACCGACCGUGGUCGCCCCGGCCCCCUCGGCGUACUUCCCCGGGCAGCCCCCCAGCACGUAGCCCUGUGCCCCCCCCCCCCCACCCCCCAGUGUUAGCCAG